UGAUUUUGCAAUAUAAUCUUGAAACAAGAUUUUGAAGAGAAAAGGAAAUCUCAAACUGGUUUGUUGGCGAGAAUCGUUAACACAAACUAUGAAAAGCAACAUUGAUAUUGAAUCUGAGCAUUGAUAUUAAAUCCUUCAAAGCAUCGAUAUUUCCUGUCCGAAACAUUCAAUGAAGCUUUUCUGGAGCUUGUUUCUGAAAACAAAAUUCAUACAGUUUUGAGAGGAAUCAGAAAAAGCAAUUGUAAUCUAUAGAUAUAUUUGUUUGGAACAAGAUUUUGAAGGAGAAGUUUAGAAUAAUCUCUUGUGUCUUCUGGACCAUGAGAAGCAAUAUGGCGAAUCCUAAGCAUUCUAUAGAUCCAAGAACCAUUCAAUCGCGCGGGAAAGUUUGCCAGGAACAUGGUGAAGAGAACUGUCCGAGCGAGAAUGAACGUGAAUUCGAAUCGUUAGAAUAUGAGGAAGAUGCAUAUUACUCGAAGCUAACAACAACACCGAGUUUUGAUGACAUUGACGAACUCGAUGACGACGAAGUGGAUGAGUUAGUGGUUCAUUGUUGGCGCGACUCUAAUGGCGAAAUCGAUGAAAUUGUCGUGGAUGACGGCAACUUGUCCGUCGAGAGUGAAUUUUUGUCACAGGAAGAGUUACGUGACGGCUGUAAGAAGAAGAAACGAUCGAUUCGCGUGAUCUUCCAGGAUCUUUCCAAACCUUACCUCGCCAGGAUCAGCAAUAGUCAGAAUUACAAGAAGCUCCUCGAAUUAAUAAAAGGAGAAGACGCCUCGCUCCACUCGGCCGGUUCUCUGUCGCCAUCAUCAGAUAACAUAGCGAAUGAGCUUCAAGGACUCUCUUUGGAGGAGCAAGAAAAACAGAAAGCCGAAUGGAGUGCCCAGUUGGCAAAGGUUGAAGAGGAGAUUCAGACUCUGAGACAUGUUCUCGCCAAUAAGAUCAAGGUUUCGCAAGAUUUGAAGAGGAAGCUAGGCAUCAGCGUUUGGAAAGAACUUACCGACGAUGUCAAUCAGGGAAUCAAGAAUGUUAAGGAAAGCCAGAUUUAUCACAACAUCGGCGAGAAACUCGGUCGCUUAACCAGGACAGUCUCUGCGAAUAGUUUGUACCAAAAGACAGAAUCUGUACUCAAGUCUACGGCUGAAAAGACGACGAGUAUUCUGGGUGGCUUUGGUAGUGGCAUUUCUAUGAAACUGGGUCAGAUGCGCAAUUCUGACAGCUUCCGAUCAUUGGAGGAAAGGGUUGGAUCUGCCUGCGAGAACAUUAAGACAAAAGUUGUGCCUUCAAGAUCCGGCUCAAUGCAGAGCUUUGACGAGGCUCUUCGAGAGUCCGAAGCGAUGAGGCGCGCAUCCGCAGGUCCGACGGCUACCAGCCCAACUAUUCCCGAGGACAAGAUGCUUUCUUAGAAUCUGAAGCUGCGCGAAGUCCGCGCGUCUCCUGCGCGCGAUACGAUGUGCUGAUACCGCGCUAUGUUAUUACUACGUCUACUACAAUCGCUAUAGCGGGCCAAAUGGCGUAUUCUUGCACGUCGGAUGAGUCGUUCGAUACUUCGCCCAAUCGAGACUUCGCCGCGAGCACGAUCGUCUACAAGUACUAUCCUACUCUAUCCAAUAAAAAAAUAUAUAUUUUUCUUGCACACCAUUCCCCACGCCAUUCCCCUCGCAGGAUCGCCUUUCUCUGGGCUACUCUCAGGACAUUCUUGACGAAAAAUGUCCCUCGCAAUUUUUAUACUCGAUAUUAAAGAGCGAGUAUUCAACGAUCUGUUUUCCAAAUAAUGAAAUGCCUUUUAACAUUUUUUUAUAAUUGUGAGCUGUAAAUACAAUAAAAAUAUAUUUGGAGCUCGAA